AUGGCUGCUGUUUUGCUUUCAAUUCUCUUCUUUCUUUCCAUCAUAACCCUCUCUCUAGCCAGCGUAAACAUAGACUGCGGAACGUCAUUGCCGGGGAUAGACAAGAACAACAUAAAAUGGGUCGGCGAAAACGACUUCAUCACAUCUGGAUCGUCUGCUACGGUUUCGUCCACCACUGUUGAGAAAUACCUCACCACACUUCGAUACUUUCCGACAGGAGACUCCAAUUGCUACUCCAACAUUCCGGUUACAAAAGGCGGAAAAGUCUUAGUGAGAACGAUGUUUUACUAUGGUAACUACGAUGGCAAGUCCUCAUCCCCAGCCUUCAACGUAUUGUUUGAAGGGAAACACCGAGGCACCGUAUCUAUAUCCUCUGCGUUCAAACCUUACCUUUUGGAACUGAUAUUUUCUCCGGCCAGCGAGGAGACUAAUAUUUGUUUUGUGCGAACAUCUUCGUCAUCAAAUCCUUUUGUAUCUUCCAUUGAAGUUGUCGACUUGGACGAUGGUAUGUAUGACGAGCUCGGUCCUGGUGAAGGUUUAUUUUACCAUCAACGAGUUGCGUACGGCACAACGGAAAUCGUAAGGUCGGAUCUUCAAGGUAGGUUCUGGCUUCCUUCGGAGAUAAACAUAUUGUUGACAGGAAUACCAUCUACGGCUGCAUCAAUCGAUACAUCUGGUGCAUCAAACAAACCGCCUGAGUCCGUCCUCCGUAACUCUUGGACCGGGGAAGGCUUAUCAUUAGUCGACCCCACUCUCCCUUCUGGAGGAGUUCCGGUUUACUUGGCUAUGUAUUUUUCUGAGCCUCUUGACUUAAGUGCACGAUCGUUCAACAUUUUAUGUGGCGGUAAGAAAGUUGGUAAAGGACCAAUAGUUCCUGUGUAUGGAAAAGCCACGCAAGUGGUCGUGAGAGAUGUGGUGGCUAGCUCAAGCUCCCAGCUGGUGUUCCAGUCCACCACUAGUGCGCUUUUACCGCCCAUGAUAAAUGCGUUGGAGCUUUAUGUGAUAAGUACGGGUACAAGCGGAAGUGGAGGUGGAAACAGAUCAGGGACAGGUGGAGGUGGUGGCGGUGGAGGAGGAGGGUCUGGUAGUGGCGGAUCUGGAGGUUCCGGUGGGUCUAGCAAUAAUAGAGGGACUGGAGGGAGAAAUGAUGUGAGCUCAGGGGGGUCAACCAGUGAAGGAAAGAACAAUAAACUGCCAACUAUACUAGGUUCGGUAUCCGCGGUAGCAUUUGUCCUCAUUGCAUAUGUGUUCAUCGCAAUUAUCUUAGCCAAUCGUCGCAAGGCAAGGCUGCAAGCCUUGGCUAUACCUACGUCAGUGGCUCAUAUGGGGACGGGAGCGUCUCCUCUAUUCGGACAACAAAUGGGUAACGACUCAAACCAGCCUGCAUAUGAGUCAGACAUGGGAGAUAUCAACGACUUGAUUGGAGUGAACCAGUCGUAUGUAGCCCAAUGACACUGAACAUCAUAUGAAAUAGAUGUUUUUACCGUUGAA